UUGCAAAAUGAAAAUGAAAAUAUAAUAUCAUAAUAAAACCGCUUAUAAUCUUUGGAGCCUUCUCGUCUCUCUGUUGCUAGGGUUUUGGGUCUGCUUUUCUUCUGCUCUCAUCUCUCCUACUUUGCACAAGAAAGUCUUCAACUUUCAGUUUCUCAGCUUAUCUGCAAUGGGGGAUGCAGAAAAUGCCCUUCCACCUUCAAAGAAGAGGGCUGCCGGAAGAGAAAUUUCUCGUGAUAAUCCUGGUCUUGAUGACGAUGAAGAUUCUUCUGAACAAGAGAAUGGAACUUUUAAGAGGGCCAGUGAUGAAGUCUUGGUAAACAGAAGAAUAGUCAAAGUUCGCAGAAAUCAAACCACAGCCACUGCCUCCUCAAAUCCCUUUUCUGGGAUCCGAUUGGUCCCCCCUGCAGAACCAACCAUUAGUCCUGCUGCACCUAGUGGACCCCCUGAAUACCAAGCAACCACUGCCGAGGAUACCACCGAAGCAGCAAUUGUGGAUCAGAAAGAAGGUUCAGAAGAUGGAAAAAAUGAUGUUAACAAAUCUGAAAAGAAUGAAGAGGGAAAUAAUCAGCAGUCAAAGAAAACCGAUGAAAAGGAUCCUGGCUCUGUAAAGAGUGAAAUCGACAAUGUUGAACAGUCCAAAAGUAAGGAAGAACCAGUUUCCAGAGAUGUUGCUGAUAAGGAAAAUACUGAUGAUAAGGGCAGUGCUGUUGUAAAUGAAGAAACUCGAGAGGAGGCCAAUGAUGAAAAAUCGGCAGGAGAUGCUAAGACCAAGGAUGUAGAUAAGAAAGAUGAUGAGACUGGAAAUGCAGACAACGAAGGUAAGAGUAGUAAAAAUACAGAUGCAACUGCAGAAGGAGCAUCAUUGAGUUCAUUCCAACUGCUUUCAAGUAGCCCGAAUGCCUUCACUGGACUUACUGGCACUGGAUUUUCGACUUCUUCAUUCUCCUUUGGAUCUAUUUCAAAGGAUGGUUCUACUAGUUCUGUUCCGCUCUUUGGACUGAGACAUGACAAGCCUUUUGGUUUUGGUCUUUCAACAAACGGGAACUCCUCUUCCCUCUUAAACGCGUUUGGGACUUCAGUUGUUUCUAAGAGAGAGGAAAGUGGUUUUCAAGCAAUGCCAGAGGUUCCAGUCGAGACUGGAGAAGAGAAUGAGAAAGUGGUAUUCUCAGCUGAAUCUGUGCUGUUCGAAUUCAUAGAUGGGGCAUGGAAAGAGCGCGGUAAGGGAGAACUUAAGGUGAAUGUGUCUACAGCCGGGACGGAAGGAGCCAGGGUACUCAUGAGAGCUAGAGGAAAUUACAGAUUGAUUCUAAACGCAAGGCUCUAUCCAGAUAUGAAGCUAACAAAUAUGGACAAGAGAGGUAUCACUUUUGCCUGCAUGAAUAGUAAAGGUGAAGAGAAAGAAGGGCUGUCUACAUUUGCAUUGAAGUUCAAGGAUGCUUCUAUAGUUGAAGAGUUUCGUGCAGCGGCAACAGCACACAAAGGCAACACAGCUGUUGUUCUGAAGACACCCGAAAAUACUGCUAAAGCCUCGGAAGAUUGAAAGGUGUAUGCCCCGAACUCACGGUCUGCCGUAAUCCCUUUUCUUUAUGGAAGAAAGGAUCAUUUCUUGGGUAUUGCUACUGAUUCUUAAGAUCUUAUAUGUAACAGAGUCAACAAGAUCAACCCAGUCCAUUUUCGUGCAAGAGAACCGAUGAAUGUUUGAACUCUUUUCGCCCCUUUUUCGUGUCAAUCCUGGAGUUAAGCAUGAUCAAGGUAUGCAACAUUUGACUGUUUUUACAGAAAGCAACGCCUUUCAUUUUGGAUGAAUAUGUAGAAUUUCAGUACCAUGUAUUUCAUAUGUACCUGAGGGAUUUGUUAUUGGUAAUAGAUCCUCUAUAGUACCAAAAACA